AGUUUAAGGGAGGACCGCCCAUUUCGAAGUAGGCGUUACUCCAGCUGUUACAAUUAUGUUGCGAGAUUGCCUCAUGAUUCAUGAAAUGGCAAGACCCAGCCAAGAUGGUGUAUAUACUGCAUUAAAUGACAUUUUUAAACUUGAAACGUUCAAGUCCAAGUUGCAAGAACAAGCAACGCUGUCUGUGUUCAAGGGAAAAAGUGAUGUAUUUAUUUCAAUGCCAACAGGUUCCGGAAAGUCGCUUUGCUUUCAGCUUCCAUCCGUAGUGCAUCCAGGCAUCGCUCUCGUCGUUUCACCCCUUCUUGCUCUUAUAAGUGAUCAAUUAACACACUUGAAAAAACUUCACAUUCGGGCAGAAACCAUUAACUCGAGGACAGCGGACACACAAAGACGCAAGUUAUUUCAUCAGCUUAUGAGCACGCCACUCGGUUCGAAAUCAUAUCCCAAACUACUGUACAUAACUCCUGAGCAGCUACAAACCCCUUUUUCUUCUACCCUUAUCUGUCAGUUAUACGAAAAAUCAUGUUUAAGUUAUUUUGUUGUUGACGAAGCACAUUGUGUUUCGGAAUGGGGACAUGAUUUUAGGCCUGCUUAUCUUGCUUUGGGAAAGAUUCGUCGUAAACUUUUUCCAACCGUACCAUGCAUAGCUCUUACUGCUACUGCUACACCUCGCGUACGUGAGGAUAUCGUCAAAUGUUUGGGACUUGGUGAACUUUCAAAUCACUCUUCUAUAAGUUCACUUGGCUUUGUCGGUAACUUGGAGGAAUUCAAAUGUAGUGUUUUCCGGCCAAAUCUCUACUACGACGUUGUGUUUGGUGACUUACUAGAUGACAUAUAUGCAGACGUCUUGCAAUUCGCCGCCGAAAGUAUCGGUUGGGACAGGUCUCAGAAAUGUGACUGGACAAAACUUGGAUGUGGUAUCGUUUACUGUCGAACGCGUACUGAUUGUGAGGGACUGGCAGAAAAGCUAACUUCCCUUGGAUUAUCUUCACGAGCCUACCACGCAGGGUUAUCUAAAUCCGAACGAGAAGACGUUCAAAUGGGAUGGUCUUCUGGUUUGUAUCCAAUAGUAGUUGCUACCAUAAGUUUUGGAAUGGGUGUCGAUAAACCAAAUGUGAGAUUCGUUCUUCACUGGACUCUACCUAAAAGUUUGGCGGCGUACUAUCAAGAAUCAGGUAGAGCUGGAAGAGAUGGAUUACAAGCUUCUUGUCGAAUUUAUUACUUUAAGAAAGAACGUGAUACUGUAGUUUUUCUAACAAACCAAGAACCAAAUAGUGGUUCUCAAAAGUCACUUAAUAACACUCAAUGUCGAAAAAUUGAUAUUAAUGCUAUGGUAAAAUAUGUUGAGACAGCAAACUGUAGGCACCAACAGAUGGGAAUUUAUUUCAAAGAUGAACAAGCUCCAUGUGGGAAUCAUUGUGAUGUUUGUGUCAAUGCAUCACGAGUGUCUAUGAAUCUAGCAUUAUUCCGUGCUCUUGAAUUUACUACUAAAAUUGGUUACCAAAAUAAUAAUAAUAAUGAUGAUGAUGAUAGUACUGGAAAUUGCAAUUAUAUUAAUAAGUUUGAUGAUGAUAACGAAGGUGGUGAUUCGGAAAAUUUUUCAACUGAACAACGUGAAGAGUACGAUAAAUUAGAAAGACGAAAGUUAAUCACGAGUGAAUUCAAUAAACGUCGACGCAACACAGACAAACCUAUACAGUCAUCAUGGGUUUCGGCUCCAGAUACAACUGAAGUUUUAAGUCCAGACAAUCGUAAUGUUACCGGAAUCACUGGAUGGUGUCGUGACCAAACUCUUCAGUUACUUAUCAGUGCAAUGAAAAAAGUAUUCCCAGAACAUGAAGCAUUACUAAAUAAGUUAUGUGCAGAUGCGGAAUAUGUGUUGUUUAAAGAGUCAAAAGUUGCGGCUAUGUAUCGUACACGUAUGGCAAGGUUGAUCACAUUUGUUCGUCGACCAAAUAUUAAUAAAGAAUCUGUAUGGAAUGCUGUUAAAAGUAAAGCUGAUAUUCUUUUGACAAGAACUAAUGAAAAUAUGAAAUCUACUGACAAUUCUAUUCAAGACAAUAGAAAAUCAGCACUGGCGGAAAAAGCUAUUAUCUCAUCAAAACCUUUUCCUCACAAAAUAAAACGAUCAUCUUCACCCGAAACAAAUAAGUGCAAUGUUAAAUAUUCAACACCUGCCGUUGGUAAAAAAUUGAAAUUGGAGUCUGAAUUCGAAAAUUUUAAAUCGCAAUGUAAAAGUGAGACGAUUUCACCAAUAAAAAAAUCAGGUUCUGCGAUAAACAAACACGGUAUUUGUGAAAGUGAAGAUAGUGAUUUCAUGGAUUUCAGUGACGACGGAGAGGAGACAAAACAUCCUACAAACUUGAAGAAUAAAUCCAUGAACAAAGACCAAACUUCAAACUAUUUCUGGACAAAACAACUACAAUCUGAUAGCAGAACUGAAGAAAACGGUAAGCUAAACAAAAAUGCAAAUAACCAAUGGGAUUCGACAGAAGUUGACCCCGAUAUCAAAGGAUGUAUUCGAAUCCUAGUGCAAAAUAAAGAUCGUUCUCCAGACCUUAGUGAUGAUGAUGAUGACGACGACAAUGGAAGAGAAAUAAAGCGACAUCCACAACUAGAUCCAGUAAUGAAGGGGAACCAAGAAUCAUCAAAUAACGAGGUUACCAGUGACCAUGUACGAAUUGUAAGAUCUGAUGAGGUGAAACAUGAGAUCAAUGAUAAUAUUGACUAUACAAACAAGUCGGAAUCAUAUAACACCAUACCAGAAACAGGAUCUAAACCAGAACUUCUUAUUGGACCUGAAAAACGUCUAGUUUACUUUUGGGAACAAGGUAAUAAAACUGGCAGUCGGUCAAUUCCUAAGAAUACUACUGUCAUUACCACUAAUAUCACUAAUAAUACUACUUAUUCUGCAUCCAUCGUAUGUACUACUAAUCCGAAUGGCAUUACUACUACUAAUACUGUUGCCACAACUAUCAGUACUAUGAAUACUCGUAUUCAUGAACGCGACGUGGUCAAUCCAUUGCCGAUUCAUAUUCAAGAAGAAACGACUAAAAUCCCCGUUGAAAAACAAAUCCAUCAUAGACCGGUUAAUCCUCGUUCAAUCGUGUCGAUUCCGACAAAAACACGGCAUACUGAGCCAAAAAAAGAAAUUAAUUCUGCAUCUACUGAAAUGAAUUCAUCUACUGCUGAAUUAGCCAAACAAGUGGUAGCUUCUCUGUCACGUCAUUUUGCCAAAGGUUUAUUCAAAAACAAAGUAAAUUGUCUUGUUUUUUUAACGAUGAUUUGAAAAAAAUAUUUUUAAAUACAUGUUUAGGCCUAAGUACGAUACUCUCCAUGCACAUUUAUUAAUUCACAUAACGAGGGAUUGAUUUUACGACUGAUUUUCUCCCCAAAGAUCGAUGAGAUAACUUACAAUAUGCGGAAAAUACAGUUUUCUUAAGCGUGUAUGCACCAAAAAGAGAGCUUUCUAAAUAAUGUAAGUGACAAUGUGAAAAUUGUACAUACCAUAUAUACUGAUCUUUCUAAUCAGAAAUUUUACAUUACAUUGCAAAUUUUUCUAGCUGAUGAUUAUAAAUUGGCACAAGUCUUGUAUUGGUUAUUGCCUACUGAUCUCAUGUAAACGUAUAAUACAAUAUGACCGUAUUCAUUAAACGUUAGUAUCAUAACUAACUAAACAAUAAUCACUUUUGUAUUCGUCAAAGAAUGAAAUCCUGCGUCGGUAAUUAAACUAACAUUUUAUGUCAUACACAUCUACGUAUUUAUCUAAGUGCAUUUGGUUGGUUUUUCUUGAAAAAAAAGAUAAUUGUUCCUCACUGCGUAGAUAAAUAAGUUUAUUUACUGUUAGUUUGUUUAAAAGGAAUUCAACUUGACGACACAUUUGAAAGUGUCGGCUACAUGUUGCUUCUUAAACAAUAAAAUUGUGACUGAACUGAGCGUUCAAAAGAUUCUCUGUCUGUAACAAUAAUUAUUCAUUCUAAAUUCUGGCAUCAUGUUCUUGUAAGUCAGAUAUAGUUCCAGUUAUAAAAUGUGGUCUGUCUGAUGUUAGUAAUGACGUAAAGCUAAUUGUUGUACAUAGUUUACGAUACUUUUAUCAAUGAAGUCGAGCUAUUAUUUCCAUAACAGAUAUUGUAUACACUAAUCCACAAAACUUCAGAUAUAGACUUAUACUUGCCUCGACUUCCACGCUACAGUUGUCUUAAUUUUCAUUAUAUGUGUAACUGACAUAUACCUUGGAACCUAAAUGUACCCCUAUAUUUGUUUGGUAGAUACGAAAAUGAAAUACAAAUUUCGGAAAAAAGAAAGUAAUAUAUGCAUAAUAGUCAAUUAUCACAUUGUUUUUCACUAUUCCGAGGAUGAUACAAUUAUUACUCCGAAUCCCAAAGCGAAUUCGUACCUAAUGAAACUACUUUUUCGCGGUAUAUAGAUACGUACAAAAUGUGAAGACUAACUUUUCUAAGAAUACAUUUACUAUCUCUAGAAACUAGAAACAUAUGAAUGAGCACUUCUGGUUAAAUAGUAAUUAUAUAACGUUAAGAAAUAUAUGAUAAUCACCUUAUUAAAAGUACUGUGAACCUCAGCAACUGAUAUGAAAAGAGGGCAACAACAAGUAAUAUUUCAUGUUUUAACAAUUACGAUAUCGUUCAGUGCAACAUCGGAAACAGUUGGUAAUAAUAACCUGAUAUUUGUCACUACGUCGACAUAGGUUAUUUCCAAUCAUAAAUUCAACACGAUAGUAGGGAUUUAUUUGACGUAUUUUUAUUUCUGUACUCUGUAGGAUGCAUUCAAAUCGGUCGCCAAGAAAUUGACUCGGAAGCUGCUCACACACCAUGAAGUCGACAUAUUCACUAAAUCAAGGUUAGAUCAAUUGAUCGAUCAAUUGCUGGUACAUUUCAUAGAGACAAAAACACAAAUUCAAGUUUCAGAUGAUAUUGAUUGGAGUAGAUUAGCUGGGAUUUUUUUAAGGCUCCCGUGAAUAAAACGCGACCGAUAAGAUUAAAAAGUGAUUUGAAAGAAAACCCUUGAUUUUUUCUUCUAUGUGCAGUAACACCUUAUAGGUUUACACAAACAUAUUGUGAUAAGCACCAAUCACUUUUACACUAACCACAAAUCAUUUGGUUUGUUUAAAAUUUCACCCAUGCUGGCCAAGUGUAAUCCCUUCAAUUGAGUGAUUGUCUAUUUUCUCUUUGUGUACACUAACAAUUACGCUUUGCAUCCCUCUCUGACUCUUUGUUACAUCUUUCAUCUUGUGUAAGUAAUGAUUUUUGUCCACUUUCUGUCUUACGAGAAUUAUUGAUUUCACCUAUCUUUGUAGUUCUUUUCUCUUAUAAAUAAAUGACCGAUCGAUCCAUGUAGAAUCAUAUUUUUUUAAUCCAGAGUAACCACAGAAAGCUUAUAUGAAAGCUUCUGUACCGGAUAACAUUUGUAAAACACAAGAAACAAAGAUCUGAAUAUAUAUAUUUUUGGGAAUAUUGUUUUAUCACUUUUUCCCCUAUCCACAAAAAAGUUCUUCCUGCAAUAAAAAAAUGUUUUCGAUAAAUGUUUCUACUUAUUACAAAGAUUUUUAUCCAUGGAUUAUGUGAAUCUGAUCGAUUCUUUUACAUAAGGUAACUGAUAAUACAGUUUCUCGUUAUACUUGCAUAUAAACGUUAAUCAACAGAAUACUUUAGUCUUUUCCAUCGAAUAAGUAUGGGAUGUACUGGAGAGUUAGUCACUUAAAUAUGAAUAUAACUCAACAAUUAAAGGUUUACAAUUGACUGAUCAUUGAGUAGUGGCAGAUUACAUGUGUCUAAGAUUUAUGUUCUCACUGGAUUCUAUCCAUUAAGUUGCACUGUGAUCACCAGUAUUGAUAGUUCGACAUCGCAGCCCGAACAACUCACUAGUAACGUCCCAAGCUAUGAAGCUGGGUGUCACAGGCUCAAAAUACUGACGAAUCAUCAAUACACUCAACAUUGCGGGUAGCCUUGCUGACAGGUUGCAACUAUCACAAAACGUAGGUCCGGAGUUUCCUGUCGACUACCUAACAUCAAGUAGAGGUUAUGCACUCAACAUUGAGUCAGUCAUAUUGUGUGAGGACUUGAGAUACUGCUAUCCAGAUACUCAAACCGAAGUAGGUAGACCAGGGUUCUUACCUGAAAGUUAAUGGAUGAAACCUGAUUGCCUCAACUAUUAAGCGAACUUUUCAAAGACUCAACUGCUUAGUUAGAUAAUAUUAACAAGCUUCACUUAAUUAAUCAAAAAACCUGUCUAACUUACCCAGAGAAAUUUAAAUAAAAAUACCAAUACCUAUGGACUUUAUAUUAUAUGUGGCAGUAAUUUAUUUCGUUGCCUUCAAAGGGACGAGGUUGAUUACGGUAGGAGAAACAUCUAAUGCAUCUUAUUUAACAAACAGUAUCACUCGCACUAGUUUGUUUACAGAAAAAUCUGAUUAAUCAAGACAAUAUUAAGUGGUAGUUACAGUUAUGAAUGAUAUUAUGGACAAAAAUUAAAUUUCAUUUGGUUGUUUUGUGUGAAGUAUA